AUGAGUAAUUGGACGAACGUGUCCAGCUGCCCAUUCAGCAUCACUUUAUGCGAUGAAGACAUCACGGAAAGUAACGCAACUGGCGUGGAGUACCCGGUCCAUCUAUUCCCAGUCCCAAUACUGACUGGCAUCACAGUGACGUGUGCUUUCCUUUUCCUGGUUGGAAUUGCUGGCAACCUGUUGACCAUCCUGGUGGUCAGCAAAUACAAAGACAUGCGAACAACCACCAAUCUUUACCUCUGCAGCAUGGCACUUUCAGAUCUGCUGAUUUUCUUGUGCAUGCCCCUGGACCUUUACCGGGUCUGGCGGUACCGACCCUGGAACUUUGGAGAUGAGCUGUGCAAGCUCUUUCAGUUUGUUAGUGAAAGUUGCACGUACUCCACCAUCCUCAACAUUACCGCCCUGAGCGUGGAAAGAUACUUCGCGAUUUGUUUCCCGUUCAGGGCAAAAGUCAUCGUCACCCGGGGUCGAGUUAAAGGGGUGAUUGUGUUUCUCUGGACCGUGGCUCUCUGCAGCGCCGGACCCAUAUUCAUUCUGGUCGGGGUCGAGCACGAGAACGGUACCAAUCCCUGGGAGACCAAUGAAUGUAAGGCGACCGAAUACGCCAUCCGGUCGGGAUUGCUUACUAUGAUGGUUUGGGUCUCCAGUGUGUUUUUCUUUCUCCCGGUGCUGUGUUUGACAGUGCUGUACAGCCUCAUCGGCAGAAGAUUGUGGAGAAGGAAGGAGAACCCGGUUGGACCCGUUUCUAGCCGGGACAAGAACAAUAAACAAACAGUCAAAAUGCUGGCUGUGGUGGUUCUUGCGUUUGUCCUCUGCUGGUUGCCCUUCCACGUGGGUCGGUAUCUGUUCUCCAAGUCGUCCGAAGCCAAUUCCCCUUUAAUCUCCCAAAUCAGUGAAUAUUGCAACCUGGUGUCCUUUGUGCUGUUUUACCUGAGCGCCGCGAUCAACCCCAUCCUCUACAACAUCAUGUCCAAAAAGUACAGGAGCGCGGCGUGCAAACUGUUCGGAAUGAGGCGCGCUCCCGGACGCUCGGUGCAGAACAUCGUGAACGCGGAGAGUUUCUCAGUGUGGAAUGAACCCAGCUGGAGCACGUGACACAGGGAAUUUUUGCUCACAUUGAGAAUAUGCAUUUGAUACACUCUUAAAAAUACAGGUACUCGAUCUAUCUAGAGAAAUGUUUUAGUCAAAGAUACAUUUCUUUCUUACCUUUAUAUAAACUGAAAAACAUUUAGCCACUAACACUCUAAAAAAAAAGUAUACAUGUUGUCACUGGGACGGUGCCUUUUAAUAAGGGCCUAAUAUGUACAAUUUUGGUACAGACAUGUAUUUCUGAUGUAUCAGUAUGUACUUUUUAGGAACAAAUGUGUACCCUUUAGUUACAAAAGUGUACUUUUUAAAAAGGUAUCGCCCAAGUGACAACUUUUGUACCUACCUUUAUUUCUGAGUGUAUAAAGAAGCUUUUGUCUAAUAGAAAGGUUUUAUGGAUGUUCUCUUUCGGGAAUCUUUAUUUUGAAGAGUGUUUGAUACUUUAGUCAUCCGAGUCUGUAUUUAACCGUAAACAUACCAACAAAUCCACCUUGUCCUAUUCACUUUUGCAUGGAGUUUUGUCUGUCACCAUUUCAUUGCCUUUUCACUUUUUUAUUUCAAUCGUUUUUGUACCCAGAGGCUAUUUACAAUACACCAAAUAUAUAAAUGGUUAUGCACAUAUACAUUAUUACCAUCAUCUGCACACAAACCAGCAUUGUCAUAAUUCCCUUUACACCCUUGUAUCCAUGCAAACUGUACAUACUGUAUGCACACUACCCCAAAAUGCCUUAAACUGCCUAUAUACUGGAUGACAGCACACUGUAGAGGUAAGCACUUCAACAUUGUACCCUAUAUGUGGGAGAAAGUACAAUGGUGCUGAAUGAUAAAUGUCCUGCAACAUGCUUGUGUUAUCAGAUUAUGUUAGUUGUGUUUUGAAUCAUGAUGAAGUGCACUUACUACAAGUUUGUGAAAGUCUUGUAUUUAAUUUAAGCACUCAGCAUGUAUUGCUUUUUCUUAAUAAUAGUGUCAUUUAAAUGUACAAGUUGCUUGUAAAGAUUGCACAUCGUUGGGUGGAGAUAUUUAAUGAUCUUUACAGAAAUGAAUGUAUGUUUUUUUGUAAUGAAAAUAUGAGAUAUUUAAUAUUUUGUUUCUAUAAUGGCUUUUUUGGGAUGUUUUAUGUAAAAUACAUUUAGGUCUUAAUGUCACACUGUAUUAUUUAGGUUUAAAUUUAUAGACAAACACACACUUAAUAAUAACAACCACAUGAUGUCUGUCUGUUCAAAUCUACUGAACAAAAAAUAAAAAUAAAAUUGUAAAAGUUUUUAUUGAUAUUGUGAGUAAAAUUAGCAUGACAGGAAAUUAUAAAACAAGCUUAUUAAAAAGUAAACUUCACAAAGGAAUCAAUUUCGAAAUUUAAAAAAAUUUAUUGUGUAUAAAUAUAUUACAUAUAUGCUACAGAUACAUAAUCAUCUUAAAUACAAAAGCGUAGUAUUUUCAAUAUCUAUACAUUUAAACUGAUAUGGUAGGGUUUUUUUUUUUUAAAUAUAAUGUCUACGAUUAUAAUUUUACAUCAAUAAAUGUGACAUUGUUAUAUUUUAAAAAUGGUAACAUGGAAUGAUUUUAUAUGCAAGCACUGAAAACUAUGUUUAGGUCACUUAUUACCUGAUGUCCUAAAA